AUGUCGAUUCGUGAAAUUGAACUAAAUCAAAAUAUUUCUUCUGCUUCUACUACUCCAGUCACCUUUGAUAAUACUAGUACUAGCAUUGUUAAGAGAAAAAGAAAAGCAGCUGGUACCAAUACUAAUAAAGAUAAUAAAGGAAGGCAACAAAAUUUGAGAAGAACUGACAACACUGUGAUCAGCAGUAGCAGCACUAAUAGGAUUAGUAAGACUGAAAUUAAUAGUAUUGAUCCUUCUAUUGUUGAUUUGGAAAACUCUAGUAAUGUUACUACUAUUAGUAUUGUUGCCGGUAGUAAUUCUAUUCUUACAGAGGAAAAAGUCAACAAAACUACUAAUAAAAGAAAAAGAACUGAUAAAUCUGCAAAGAAAAUCAAGAAGCAAGAUGAAAAACGAAUCACUGCUACUAGUCCUUCUUCCUCAAAUACAAAUAUAGCUAAGGAGCCUGGAGAAAAACGCCUUGCGAUGAUUCGUCGUAGUUGUUCAAUGAAAGUAAAAGAGCGUAUUGAGCGUGCAAUGUCACAAAGGAUGUUCCUGGUUGAUAGAUCUGAAGUUAGUGAAUCAUAUCACAAGUUUGUAGUAUUAGGAUCAAUUGGAAAUGUUUAUAAUGUUGAGAUUUCGACUCUUCCUAAAUGUAGUUGUCCUGAUUUUUCGAGAGGGGGAAAUCUUUGUAAACAUAUUUUAUUUGUAUACUUGAAGGUUCUUAGAGUUAAUCCUAAUAGCAGUUACAUUUAUCAAAAGGCAUUAUUGACUAACGAACUUAGACAAAUCUUCCAAAAUGCAGCUCCAAACCCAACUGCGAAUCAAAGAGUCCGUGAUAAAUAUGCAAAGAUUGUUGGUGGUGUUAACUCUGGUAGUGAUGAUGCUAGUAGUGUUAAAAGACCUCGUCAACCAAUUGAGGGUGAUUGUCCCAUCUGUUAUGAGGCAUUGUCGGAAACUGAAAAACUUGUUUGGUGUAAGGAUUCUUGUGGAAAUAAUGUUCAUGAGGUUUGUUUCGACCAAUGGAAAUCUUCAAAACGUAGCAGUGGCGAUGAGAUUACUUGUGUUUAUUGUCGUAAUAAAUGGGAAGAUGAGAGUGAAAUAAUUUCUUCAAGUAAUGAUGAUGGAUUUAUUAAUUUGGGUGAAGCACAAGGAAUUUCUAGAAUAAGAGACUCAGAAAUUAUUAAAGAAGUCAGCAAAUCAUUGUCAGCUUCUUUAUUCACUGAGCCUUUAAACAUUAGCAUUGGAAAUCCUUGGGAUUUUCCUUCUUCAAUAAAUGGAAUCGAUGUUUCCAACAUUUUAUUUUCUAUUUCAGCUUUAAACAAAAUUUUAAAUAUUAGUGGUUUAUCUCAUGCAACAAUCGAAAAGAUUAUAAAUUUAGCAGUACCUGUUAAUAGUACUUGUAUCAACAGAGGAGAAUUCAAUGUUGCGCUUGCGUUAGUAGCUUUGGCACAAAAAAAUAUGGAUGUUUCAAUUGAUAACCUGGUCGAGAGAAAACAUGAUCUUCCCGAACCAAUCCUUACAAAUAUAGAAAGUAUCGAUUUUAAUCGCAAUUUAAGUUUCUCUAAUAUCACAUCUCGUCCAUCAUCAAUUCCGGUUCUUCAGGAUGAUGAUCCUUGGGCUAUUUCAUCAACAACGAAUGGUAUUGACAUUAUAACAUCAUCACCAUCAACGUCUGCUGCAAUAGGAAUAUCAGGAUCAACUUUUUCACCAAUCAUAUCAAAUACAAUAAUACCACGAUUUCCAAGUGAUAGCAACGGUGCAAGUACUAUUUUACCAAGUAUUAAUAGGACUUUGAUACUAGAUGAUCGUGAGUCUCAUUGGUUUCUAGAUGCAGGUAUCAUUAAAGUAAAAUUUGCUCCUGAACAUGAAGAAAGUAAAGUUAUAAGAAGAUAUAGUGAUUUUUGGUGGCUAAUGGAAUGUUUGGUGAAAAGAUAUCCAUUUAGAAUCUUACCUAUCUUACCACCCAAAAAAAUUGGAGUUAACGUAUUUUAUUUCACACAUGAUGAAGCAUUUUUGGAGAAACGGCGGAAAGGCUUGGCAAGAUUUUUGAAUUUUAUUGCAAGACAUCCAGUUUUAAAAAAUGAUGAUUUAGUGGAAAUGUUUUUAACCGAACAAACUGAAAUAGCAGUAUGGCGUAGGAAUAAUGCACCAGAUUUAGAUGAAGAGUUUUUAAAAAAAGAAAUUUCAUCACAAAUGGAACAACGCAUACCUGGGGAUUUGAAUGCAAGGUUAGAAAGUGUAUAUAAUAAUUUGGAUCAAUCUAUUGAACAUUACUUAAAUAUGUGUAAUUUCAUGGAACGUAUUGCUCGUUCUCAAGAAGGCACAGCAUCUGAUUAUAUGCGUUAUAGUUUGUCUUUAAAUUCAUUGAUUGAGAAUGAGAAGGGUUGCUUCAUAGAAAAUUGUUGUAAUUGUUCACAGAUGAUGGAUGGUUUAGAACAAGUAUCAAGUCAUUUUCAACAUGCAAGUACCAUAAUGGAAGAUGCUGCUACAUCUAUUCUUGAAACUGUUCUUGAGGAUUUGAAGAGACAUCGAGAUUUACUCUUGUCAUUCAAGGAUACGUUUGAGAGAAGGGAUAGAUUAGUAAUUGAUACUAGUGAGACUCUUAAUAAUAGAAUAUCAAUAAAUCAAGCAAAACUUAAAUCAUUAUCAAGCCAAAAAACAUCAGAUCCGGAAGUAGAGAAAUUGGCAUCUGCAAUUCAAAAGGAUGAAGGUGAUCUUAAAGUUCAACUUAGAAAACAAAAUUUUGUACGUUAUUGUAUGCAUUCAGAACUCAAUCUACUUCAUAAAAGUUCAGCAUUCGUCUCACUUCUAUAUCGAAACUUUAUAAAUGAACAAAUGAAAUACACACAGCAACUUUAUAAAAAUUGGGAUGUACUAAAUCCUAAAGUUCGUGAUAUGCCAAUUGAAACCAACGGGUUUGGUUAA